AUAAAUAACCGUCGUAUGCCUAUGCACUUCUCCACCACCACCACUGGACGUCAGCCUAGCAAUUAGCUCAUCGACUCCAGAUUGGAGAACUCGACACCAUGAAGGUGCUGAUCGUUGCCCUUGCUCUCCUGGCGCUCGCUGCGAGCGCCGCCUCCAGUACAAGCGGCGGCUGUGGCUGCCAGACACCACCGUUUCAUCUACCGCCUCCGUUCUAUAUGCCGCCUCCGUUCUAUCUGCCGCCGCAGCAGCAGCCGCAGCCAUGGCAAUACCCCACUCAACCACCGCAGCUAAGCCCGUGCCAGCAGUUCGGAUCCUGCGGCGUCGGCAGCGUCGGCAGCCCGUUCCUGGGCCAGUGCGUCGAGUUCCUGAGGCACCAGUGCAGCCCGGCGGCGACGCCCUACGGCUCGCCACAGUGCCAGGCGCUGCAGCAGCAGUGCUGCCACCAGAUCAGGCAGGUGGAGCCGCUGCACCGGUACCAGGCGACAUACGGUGUGGUCCUGCAGUCCUUCCUGCAGCAGCAGCCGCAGGGCGAGCUCGCGGCGCUGAUGGCGGCCCAGGUAGCGCAGCAGCUGACGGCGAUGUGCGGCCUGCAGCUGCAGCAGCCAGGUCCCUGCCCUUGCAACGCAGCUGCCGGCGGUGUCUACUACUGAGGAAACUAUGUACUGUAGUAAUAAUGUAAUGGAGCCGCUGGCUAGCUACCUAGCUCGCUAGUUUACUCAUUUAGCGGCGAUGAGUAACGUAGUGUCACCCAUCACCAUGGGUGGCAGUGUGAGCAAUGACCUGAAUGAACCAUUGAAAUGGAAAGGAAUAAUAUAUAAGGAAAAAAGAUGAUUGGAAA